ACAAACAAACAGACCCAGCGCUCAGAGAGUCACUGAGAGGGGGAGCGCGCUCUUUUCACAAACGCUGCAUCCAAAGAGCAGCCGAUAAAUAGAGGAAUUCAUAAACUAAACUUCAUGCAUGUAUGCAUGAAUGCGUGUGUGUGUUUGUGUGUGUCCAGAUAUUUGGAGCCGGUGGAGGUUUUCGAGGAAUUAAAAGUGGGCUGCUGUUAAUGGAGCUGCUGGCGUUCUGAGGCUGGGCUGUGACUUCUGGCCGCCUGGUGUUUGUUCCCGAGAUGGAAUAAUUGUCCUUAUUCAUCAAAAGGAAUAACUGAUAAUAGCUCAUAUUUUCGCUCUCCAUGGUGCUUGAAGGCAGAGAGAUGGACGGGAUCGGGAACACCAUGCAGAAGAAGGCUGCGGAGCUAGAGCGGCUGGCCGAGGUGCUCGUCACCGGAGAACAGCUGAGGCUGCGGCUCCACGAGGGGAAGGUGAUCAAGGAUCGGCGGCACCACCUGCGAACUUACCCGAACUGCUUUGUGGCCAAGGAGCUCAUUGACUGGCUCAUCGAACACAAGGAGGCCUCAGAUCGAGACACGGCCAUCAAGAUCAUGCAGAAACUUCUAGACCAGAGCAUCAUUCACCAUGUGUGUGACGAGCACAGAGAAUUCAAAGACAUGAAGUUGUUUUACCGCUUCCGUAAGGACGACGGAACGUUUCCGUUGGACAGUGAAGCCAAGGUCUUCAUGAGGGGCCAGAGGAUAUAUGAGAAGCUGAUGAACACAGAGAACAACCUUUUACAGAGCAGAGAGGAGGAGGGCGGGACAUUUGAGCGUACGCUGGUAGCCUCAGAGUUCAUUGAUUGGCUGCUGCAGGAGGGGGAGAUGGCGACCAGGGAGGAGGCAGAGCAGCUGGGACGGAGGCUUCUUGAACAUGGCAUCAUUCAGCACGUCACCAACAAGCAUCACUUCGUCGACGGGCCCCUCCUCUACCAGUUCAGGAUGAAUUUCCGGCGACGACGGCGAUUAAUCGAACUUCUUCACGAGCGUGGCCGCAGCAUCCCGGAGAGCCAUGACAGCCCCUUCUGUCUCCGCAAGCAGAACUCAGAUGGAGGCAACACCAGUUUCCUCUCAGUGAGUCCCACUAAAGAGAUAAAGGUGGUGGUCGGAGUUCGCCGGAGCAGCAUGAGCAGCAGCUGUGGCAGCAGCGGUUAUUACAGCAGCAGUCCGACACUCAGCAGCAGUCCACCUGUCCUCUGCAACCCCAAAUCUGUUCUGAAGAGACAAGUGAGUCCAGAGGAGCUGCAGACACCAGGAGGACCUUUUAUAAAGAAGACAUUCACUAUUGUAGGCGAUGCUGUGGGUUGGGGCUUUGUGGUGCGAGGCAGCAAACCCUGUCACAUCCAGGCUGUGGACCCUGGCGGACCUGCAGCUGCUGCUGGCAUGAAGGUGUGUCAAUUUGUGGUGUCUGUGAACGGGCUGAACGUCCUCUCACACGACUACCGGACCGUCAGCAACCUGAUCCUGACUGGACCCAGGACAAUCGUCAUGGAAGUGAUGGAGGAGGCAUAAGUUUGGGAAGAGCUAUGAGAGAAAACCUCAUAGAAGAGUAGCGUUAUAAUUAUGUGGGGACUAGAAGGUUUAAUAGCUGACCUCAAAACCACAACGAUGGAGAAACGUAGACAACUUGAAAUGCAACUCACACUCUCACUGUUCCUACAUUGUUUGGACAAGGUGGAUGACUGAGAGACAGUGUGUGUUCAAGAAUGUGGGUAUUCGAGUCAAGUAAAUGAUUCAUCCUAUGGAUACAACACACAGGUUCUUCUAGUUUUUCUUUGAAUUUAGAGGCAGAUGCACUACAGAGGGAAAGUGCAAGAGCCACCACUUCUGCAGAUGGUGAUCCAACUGCGUCAUUGUGACUCUGUCUUAACGAAGAGGCCCCAGAUUCUGUAUGUGAAGUAGGAAAACCUGUAUUCCCUGUUUUUUGUUUGAGUUUUGAUUUGCUGACCUUGUCAAAGGAUGAGAGAUUUUUUUAUUAGAACCUGGAGAUGAGCAAGUUAACUGUAACAAUAAGGAGGAAUAUUUCAUGCUGACACAUUCAGUGACCUCUCCCCCAGUUUAUUUUUGACCAUGGUCUGAAACUCCUGAUGGCUCAACACUGCCCUCUGCUGGGAAAACCAGGCAGACACAGGGAGGGAACGCAUUUUUUUCUACAAGUACAUCAAACCACAACUCUCUGUUUCGUUUCGGGGUGUUUAAUAGUUUUUCCUUGCCUGCAAACCACAAUGUUAAAUAGAAAAAACAAACAAUUUCUACCCUUAUCAUGUGAAAAACCAACUAGUAAAUUAACAUUUAAAGCGAUGCCCAGGUAGACUGAUGUGUGGCUGCUUGGAGUGUGUUAGUGUACAAAACAAAAGUGCAGUGAUUAACUGCAUGUGACAUUAACAGGCACAGUGUAUAUAGAAAAAUUAUGAAAGACUUUACGCACAAACAAAUGGAAGAAGCCCUGCUUUAAAAAAAUAAUGUUUACAGGAUGAAGCCUCAUUAAUGUGCAAACUAAAACUGCUACAGCACCAAGAACAUCUUGGAAACUGUAUAAAUAAUUGUUUUUAAAAGGAUGAAUUUCCCUUGAACUCUUUAGUAUCUUUUAUUUUAGUUUUUUUUUUUUUAAGGUGAUGCCUGAUGUGCAGAUCUUAAACUUCCAUAAUGAAGCAAGAAGUCAUUGAAAGAGAACAAGUGUUGCAUGUUAUACUUACUGUUGAGAUGUUCUCAGCUCUAAAAGACCUUUAGGAAAUCUUAUAAGAAGUGUUACAUUUAAAAAAAUUUUAAAAAUAAGAAACUAGGUAUGUUCCAUACCAGUAGCAACACCAAAUAUGUCCCAAACUGUAAUUGGAGCCAUGUUAUGUAAACCAGCUUUAUUGGAAACUUUAAUUUAGAAGUAGCACACAGUCGAUUCUGUUGACCUUUUUGUUGUAUCUACUGUAUGUUCUUUGAUGUUUGAAGAAUUUUAAAGAGUAGAAUGACAAUAUGAGCGCUCAAACCAUGAAACAGCUUUUAUAGUUUUAAUAAACAAAAGCACUUAGGUGACUAAAGCUUUCUUUUCUGGAAUAACAUUUAGAAUUUGAAUAUUUAUAUGUACAUAUACCUUGUGAAUAUACAAUCUGACAUCCCUGAUUUGAAACUAAUGAAAAGUCAUAACCUCCUGCUUGCCCCCAAAUCCUGUUCUCUGUCAGUGUCUGUAUUUGAUAAUGUGUUAGAUAAUCACAUGUAGAGUAAUCACAUGUCCAUUAUGAUCACUGAAAGCAUAAAAUUGUGCAGUAAAAAUCUAAUCAUAGCAGUGAUGAUAAGGUUGAUAAGGGGUCGUGUUGUGUGUUGUUUUCUUAAGGCAGCAUACAUCAACAAUACAUUUCCAAAUGUUAGAUGAUUUAAUAUCAAAGGGUCAGUUUCCUCAAAAUACCAAAAAAAAAACCCUCACAUUUGCUCCCUUACUUCUGUUGAUAAGCAGCCCUGCUAAUAGAUGGGAAGAACGUAAUUUGUGGUGAUCACAGAGCUGAAAAAAUUAACAGCAACCUCACUUUCCAAAGUUAGAGCACGUUCUAAAUUGUUUUUCUGGAACAACAAACAAAAUUUAAUUUGCCUCCAAUAUACUGGAGUGGCCUUAAAAGAACAUAGAUCUGGAGUUCUGGAAAGUUCACUGGAUUAAACCAGACUUGAUGUUUAGAUAAAUGAAUUUGUACAUCAUUAGUCUGCAACAUAACAUUCAAAUUAACUGUAUGUUUAUAGAUUGUGCCAUUAUGUCCUUAGGCACACUAUGAUGAAAAGAUGAUAUUUGAAACUAUAUAAUAGUCAAAAGAAGAGCAUGGAUAAGUGAUGCUCAUAGUGCUCUCAUAUGUGUCUUAGUUAACACUUGUUUACUUGUUUUAAAAAAAACAACACUGCCUGGUUCAGUGGAUAUGUACUUAGUUUGGUUCUGAAGUGAAAUAAAAAAAAAAAAAGACACACCGUAGCAGUAAACUCAGCUUUUUCUAUUCUAGGUGAACUUAUAUUCAGGAAGUCUU